GCACCCGUCCCAAAGUGCACUCCGUUACUCGGUGCUAUGGCCAGGCAGCAUCGUCCAGCCUGCUUCGCCCGUCAAGUUCACUGCAGCAAUCCUCAACAGCAGCGUAGUAGGACCAUAACGACGACCACAACGAUGACCGGUCGAGUCCACAAAGAUAUGUUCUUGGUGUCAUUUCCUUGCAAAGUGGCACUGCUCGUCUUUCUUUUCUUUUUUUGUCCGUGCCUGAUGCUUGGUGCCUUGUGCCUGGUGGUUCUGCUUCUGUGCCUUGUGCCGUAGAUUGUGUCUGUGUCUGUGUCUGUGGCUCGAUCCUCAUGGCGUAACCUCAUUCUGCACUUGUUUUUGUGUGUCAACACCUAUUUUCUAGCAAAGAGAGGUUCGCUCCUCCAGCUCACCAUAUCAGCUGGUCAGUUACAGCAACCUCAGGUGCAGCAUGGCCCAGUCCACUGGGACUCGCCAUGGUCAAGAAGAGUGAGUCAGAUGGCCACAAAG